AUGGAUUUCUUGGGGCCCGACUUGCCAGACGCAGCGAACCAACGUGGAAUCCCUUUGACAUCAAGGACACAACUGCUAGUGGCUCUUCGAUAUUUCGCAACUGGAUCAUUCCAGAUCGUUUCUGGUGACUUGCAAGGUGUUUCCCAACCAUCAGCUUCAAGGAUUGUCAAGAAGGUUUCCAGAGCUAUUGCCAGACAUCGAGGACAGAUAAUUCGGUUUCCAACAGGCCAGGACGCUGUGAGGAAUAAGGUAACAUUCUAUGAAUUGCAUGGCUUUCCUGAUGUUCUGGGAUGUAUCGAUGGUGUUCACAUUCCAAUACAGGCCCCAAGCGUGGAGGAAAAAGAGAUCUAUCGAUGCCGCAAGGGAUUUAUGUCCCUGAAUGUUCAGGGUAUUGCAGAUGCCAAACUGAAAUUCGUUAACAUUGUCAACCGCUGGCCAGGCUCCACUCACGACUCUCGGAUUUUUAACAACAGUCGGAUUAGUUUGCAGUUUGAGCAAGGACAGUUCAAUGGUCUUCUACUUGGCGAUAAGAGAUACGCAUGUCGACCAUUCCUCAUGACACCAUUCAGGAAUCCAGACGGCCUCGCUGAGAAUGCCUACAACAGAUCUCACAAAAGAACACGAUCUGUUGUUGAACGAAUGUUCGGUAUAUAG